UACAGCAGAGAUGAAGUUUUUUUUUUGUCUUUGUUUCUUGGUGGUGACUUGUGGAUUGUCUGUAGGUAUAAUCAGGGAAUAUAGUUUCCAUGAUCUACUAUAUGUAACCUGGACCGAUGCUCAAUGGCAUUGCAGAAGAUACUACAGAGAUCUGGCUACUGUCACUACUACUGAAGAAAACCAAAGACUUGUAUACACUGGAAAAAAUGAUUACUCAGCCUGGAUUGGGUUGUAUAGAUCCGAUGCAAACAGCCUCACCUGGAAAUGGUCUGAUGAAGAACCAAUUUCUUUCUUAAAUUGGGAAAGUGGUUGGCCAUUGCCAGGUUCUGUGACUCCAGUAAAAAAUUGUGCUGUUGUGUAUAACGGAGUCUGGUAUAACGAUCCCUGUGACUCGAAAAGUAAAUAUUUCUACUGUUAUAGAUAUUUGAUUUUGGUAAACAAGCUUAUGACAUGGGAGGAGGCUCUUCAGUACUGCACCACAGAAUACACUGGUUUGGCUUCUUUGGCCAAUACGACACAAAUAUGGCAGGCAAACCAGGAGCUGGCGCUGACCCAAACUGACAGUGUGUGGGUCGCCCUGCGCUACAUCGAUGGAAAAUGGUUCUGGCUGAGUGAAAGUCCUUUAGGGGUAGAUUCUGGGACUGGAAAUCCUCCAGAUCCACUGGUUUCAAUGCCAUCAUGUCCAGCUUUGCCUUAUCGCUGUGGAGCAAUCAACACCAAGACAAAUGGCUUUGAGAACCGAGACUGCAACGAGAAGCUGAAUGUCCUCUGCUGGAAGUAGUUAUCCACAGAUUGGUCUCUCCUUCAGGGUGAAUGAUAUACUGUAUAUAUAUAUGUGUACAUAUGAAAUCUCAAACAAAUGGCACAACCCUAUAUGCUAUUAAUUUGUAUGUACAGAGUGUCUGGCUUUUUAUUUAGAAGUACCUGUGUUUUGAAGAUGUGAUAAGAUGUGAAGAUGUGACUUUAAGGAUAAAUGGAUGCCACCCGAAAAAUUCUAUUUUAUGUAUACAGUACUGUACUGUAUUAACAUUUUACUCCAUUUUAUAAUUAAUAAUCAUAUAUAAACUUCAUUAUAUCAACAUAAAACUCAACUAGUUCCCUAUAAUUUUUUUGGUCUAUUGUGCUACCGGGAAAAUCAGCCAAACAAAUUAGUUUCUUCUGUAAAGCAGGGAAUUACUGUACUUAAAAGGCCACAGC